ACCGCCGCUGAUUGGAGGUCCGGCUCAGGUACGGACGGGUUAGUGAAUCCGUUGAUGCCUGGAGGGGGGGUUUUUCGCCCGGGACUCCGUACAGUAAGUACCUAGUCACUUCCGACCGGACCACCCAUUCACUCCGCAGGAGGGGUCAGGAUAUCAACCGUUUCGCAAUUAUGAGCAUAGUCUGCUCUUAUUGACCACAUGUACGGAGUAAUCUGAGUAGAUUAAUUAUGCUCAUGCCAGAAACCCUGAUUCUCAACCUGUCGGUUGUUGUGGGGACUGUCUUGCCUGCUUCUUUGGUGUUCGCCGGCUUACUGUACACAUUGGAGGAUCAGGCUUUGGUCUCAACCAAGGAUGGCGCAUCGUACUCGGAUGGCCGUCGAUGGUCGUGACGUCGUUCAUCUGGCCCGAUACGGGGGAUUUCCAGCGACUUAUCGAUCUAGGCUGGCUGGCCAACUGUUGAAUGGAGAGUUCUUCCGGCCAGCUCCGUAUCCGUCAGAUCUAGAAUGGACCGAUUGAGAGAGGGAUAACCGUGAAUAUGCCCAAGCCGAGAAGAGGAGAGA